AUGUCUGAAAAAAAUAAGGCCAUAGAACAACAAUUUUAUACUCCGCCACCGAAAAUUGGAAAAUGGCAAUCGUUUAAACAAUUUUUAUGGAAUUCAGAAACAAGCCAAUUUCUUGGUAGAACAGGCUCCAGUUGGGCAAAGAUAUUAUUAUUUUAUGUCAUUUUCUAUGCCGGUCUCGCUGGUUUUUUCUCAGCCAUGAUGGUCGUUUUUUUUCAAACAUUAGACUCUAAAAUACCAAAAUGGCAAGGAGACGAAUCUCUGAUUGGAAGUAAUCCAGGACUUGGCUUUCGACCUAUGCCUCCUGAUGCAAAUGUUGAAAGUACUCUUAUUUGGUUCAAAGCAAGCGACGAAAAAAAUUAUAGACAUUGGACAGAUGAAUUGGACAAAUUUCUUGAAGAAUAUAAGAAGAGGGGCACACAACCUGGAGGUCACAAUAUUGAACAAUGCGAUUAUGAUCGUCCACCACAACCUGGAAAAGUUUGCGAUGUUAAUAUACGUGAUUUGCAUCCGUGCACUUCUGAAAAUGCGUACAAUUUUAAGCACAGCGGACCUUGUAUUUUUUUGAAAUUGAAUAAAAUUUAUGGAUGGAAACCUGUUUUUUACAAUAAUACGGAUGAUUUACCAGAAAAAAUGUCAGAAGAAUUAAAAAGAUAUAUACACGAUCAGAAACAAAGAAAUGCUAAAUCAGUUAAUACCGUUUGGGUUACUUGCGAAGGAGAAAAUCCAGCCGAUGUUGAAAAUAUUGGUCCAAUUAAUUACAUGCCAGAACGCGGUUUUCCAGGUUACUUUUUCCCAUAUGAAAAUAAUGAAGGAUACCUUAGUCCGAUAGUUGCUGUUUAUUUCGAAAGACCAGUCAGUGGAGUACUUAUUAAUAUUGAAUGCAAAGCUUGGGCGCACAAUAUACACCACGAUCGCCUAGAAAGAAGAGGGUCGGUCCAUUUUGAACUUAUGAUAGAUUAA